UAUAUACGCGCUGCGUCAAAACAAACUUGAAAUUUGUAUGAUACGCUUCUUUAGUUGUGAGAGUUCGUGGAGCGGCAUUUUGGGUACAAAAUAAAUUCUUCUAAAAAUAGUCACCUUUCGUACAAUUUUUACUUUAUUAAGCAAAUACAUCUCGAGAAUGAACGAGUACCCGUCAGCUGUCUGAACAACUUUGUCGAAGUAUUCUGUUGCGCUUGAACUUGCAAACCUGGUGAUAUCUAAAAUAUAUAGAAAAUCUCCAUCAACUGUUGCGGCAAAAAUGCACGUUCCAUACAUGAAGGUGGCGAUUUAUACGCUUACCUUUCUCACCUACGCCUAUACCGGAUAUGGAUCGAAUAUGUUAGCCAGCUUACGCGACGCACUUAUUGCAGCCGAGGCAGUAUUUGGAGACGUUCUUAAAAACGUAGUUUAUGUUGCGAGAAAGUUUAAAGUUGUGCACGAAGUGUUCGACGCGGCGGUGGAAGAAAACUGCGUCUACCAAUGUCCUGGAGGAGGUACACCGUCAAAGAAUAAGUUCUAUAUGCCGCAAUCGGACGGUUGCGGUUCUCUAGGGUUGAAGAUUGACACUGAAUAUCUACCGGCGGUAGAGAUGGAGGGUUGCUGCAACGCCCACGAUAUUUGCUAUGACACAUGCAACAGUGAUAAGGAGUUAUGUGAUUUGGAUUUUAAGCGAUGUCUGUACAAGUAUUGUGAUGCAUAUGAGAAAAAUGUCGUCAGUGAUUUAGUGGUGAAAGGUUGUAAAGCGGCAGCCAAAAUGCUUUUUACAGGCACAAUAACACUUGGUUGUAAGUCCUAUUUGGAUUCACAAACGAGGUGCUGUUACUGUCCUCCGGCGAAGACAGACAAAGCCUAUGAAAAAUCGGACAAAGGUUACGAUAAAGCGUAUGAAAAGUCCGACAAAAGCUAUGAUAAAGCAUACGAGAAAUCUGAUAAGUAUUCUGACAAGGGUUACAAGGACAAGGACAAGGACAAGGGUAAGGACUAUAAAAAUAACGGAAAGUACGGUUGGAAACAGGACCUUUGAACUUGAAAUAUACCGAUAGAAUUAGGUAAUUUGUAGUUUGUGUUACACCUAUGUGGACUGUUACCAAGUAAAUAAACAGAAGAUAUCCUGCAGGUUUGGAUAGAUAA